UUCUCUCUACUUUUCAAAAUGUCAGCACCUUCAGCUUACCCAAUUAAGGGGAUAUUUUUCUUUCUUUCAAAUUGGAUUUUGAUCCGAAAAAUCAUUUUUGUCUUAUUUUUAACAUUAGUUGUAGCUUUACUUGCUAUAUUUUUAACUUUUGGUUUUUUAUUAUCACUUCAAGCUAAUGCACUUAUUGUUGCUGGUUGCCCAGUAUGGCUUGCUUGGACGGUGUCUGUUAUAUUUUGUAUAUUAGAAGCAGGAGUUAUUACUAUAAUAUUUUAUUUAAUAAUAACACCAAUAUGGCAAGAUGCUUUAUUUGAUGAAGUUUUAAAAUUAAAGGGUUUAGGUUAUGUACUUGAAAAACAAAAAAAUACUUCAGAAGGCUGUUGUCGUGGCUUUUGUUCAGGAAUUUCCGCAAUGUAUACUAUUGUUGUUGUUCAGAUUAUUGCGCUUAUAAUUACCAUGCCUUUACACGCAAUUCCUCUAUUCGGUACACUAAUUUAUUGCUAUAUUAAUGGAUGGGUAAUGGCAUGGGGACAUCAGAUACAUUAUCACGUAGAGAUUAAAGAAUGGUCAGCCAAACAAUCUCUUAAAUUUGCCUGGAAGAAUCGUGGUGAUUAUUCAAUGUUUGGAUUCGUUGCUGUAGCUCUUGAAUUGAUACCAAUUGCAAAUCUCGUAUUCCUUUGGACAAAUGUUGUGGGCGCCGCAUUAUGGACUGCUGAUAUUAUUCUUGAUGAACAAAAGUUAUUAUCAAGGGAAGAUCUUACCGAUGGUAGGGCUGAAUCUUCAUCUUAUCAAGCUGCACAAAGGAUGGAUGGUUCCAAUAAGUAUGGAUCAACAGACAAUUAAUAUUUUAAAUUUUAAGUGAAAAGAAUAAGAAUAAACUUAUUGGCUUUUAUUUUCAGAACAUAAAUAUCAACAAAAAAUAUAAAAUCUAAAAAAAAAAUAAUUUUUUAUUUAUAUGUAUAUUUAUUUAUUAUUUUAUUUAUAUUAUUGCAAAGUAUUUUAAAGGAUUUUUUAAAAAUAAAAAAAAAAA